GAUGCUGUAUGUAUCGAUCCAGGCCAUGACAAAGAACGAGAACAUCAGGUUCGACAGAUGGGAGACAUUUAUCAAAAAGCAGAAAGAGUCCUCGUCUGGCUUGAUGCUGGUGUGGGUGAUGAGAUUCUGGGUGGACUGAAGCCAGCUGAGCACACCGUGAUGGAGCAGAGCGCGGUCAUGAUAUUGAAAUUCGAGAGAGUGUGA